AUGUUCGUCCGUCUGUGGUUCGCCAUCUGGUGCUCAGCAGCAGUGGCGCUUGGUUCCGCGGCCAACCCAGACCCGUUCUCGAACCUCCGACCCGAUAAUAUAACUGGGCUUAUUUACUACCUGUACCGGUGGACUGGCUCGUACUACAAUGGAACCACAGUUAUCCGGAUUGACCCACAGGACUUCAUGGACGAUGAGGAGUGCGACACAUUUACAGAUGGCCCCGUCGAGGUGUCCUAUGAUUCUCUCUUUUCCAUCUUCAAGUCCAGCCGUGGCUCCCGCAGCCCAAAUCAAGUAAAUUUUGCGCUUCGCUAUUGGGAUAAGAGCCUUAACCUCACCCCUUCUCACAACAACUGGGAUGGCCCAAUCAAUGACAUAACGGACAUAGAAUCAGUCGACCUCAACCGCUAUGAUCAGCCGGCCGGUCGCCCCUCAUGGAAUUUGAACUCGACCUACGUAUCCGGUUCCUCUUACUCCUUCUCGGGCUACAGAAACGACUCACUUGACCCUUCUUUCAGUUUGCGUUUUAACUACAGCCAAUGCUCUACCUCAAUCCUGGGUGAAUAUGCGGCGUCAGUUAUAGACCCACCAUUUAAGUCGGUUACGUCCAACCUACAAGUUACAGACUUUACGACAGUCAGCGGUCGGUUUGACAACAACUCGGCCUCGCUCGAGAUCAAGGGCACCAUCAGGGCAGCGUCAUCUAGAAAUGUAAAAGGUAACCCCUCUUACCUGGCGGGACCGGUCACCAUCACCUUCUUGGGUACCCUCGAUGGAAAUAGAUCCGACAACCUGCUGCCAAACAAAAAUGGCACACCUAUAUGGGAGAGCACUCUUGGAUACUCGAAGACGAUGUAUGGAACGAAGAAUGCAGGAGGGCGAGGGGCGUUGGAUAUGCGGGUAUAUGCGGUUUGUUUGUUCGGCGCCUUCCUGUGGCUUCUGUAA